GCGGGCGCGCGGGGCCGGCCCCGGGCGGGCCUCCUGGCUUCCCCCGCUGCUUUGGAGCUCGAGACAUCUCCCGAUGGGCCUCCUCCAGGAAGUCUUCCUCUACUGACCCGGACGAAAGGGUGCGAUUCAUGUCCCUCCCAGGUGAUGUCGAGAUGCAGAAGUCCCCAGGACUUCCAGCUGUGCUCUCCUCUGCGCUAAUUUCCAUGGCACCUCACGUCCACUGUGGCUCAGCUCUCUGUGGGGUCAGAGGAGAAGCCCUUGACCCAUCUGGAAAAACCACAUGUCUGAAAUCUUUGAGGGUGGACUGGAAUCCCUGCUCGUAUUUGUCUUUCUCUGGUGGAGCUCCAAGAAUCUGCAGCGCCUUCCGAAGACCGCAGGCCUUGUGGCUCCAGAGUUUGGUGCAGAUGAAGGAGGUGAAAGAGCUCGUCCUGGACAACUGCCGGUCAAUCGAAGGCAAAAUCGAGGGCCUCACAGAUGAAUUUGAAGAACUGGAGUUCUUAAGUACAAUCAACGUAGGCCUCACCUCAGUCGCAAACUUACCAAAGUUAAACAAACUUAAGAAGCUUGAACUAAGCGAUAACAGAAUCUCAGGGGGCCUGGAAGUAUUGGCAGAAAAGUGUCCGAACCUCACGCAUCUAAAUUUAAGUGGCAACAAAAUUAAAGACCUCAGCACAAUAGAGCCACUGAAAAAGUUAGAAAACCUCAAGAGCUUAGACCUUUUCAAUUGUGAGGUGACCAACCUGAACGACUACCGAGAAAACGUGUUCAAGCUCCUCCCACAGCUCACGUAUCUCGACGGCUACGACCGGGAUGACAAGGAGGCCCCCGACUCAGACGCCGAGGGCUAUGUGGAGGGGCUGGACGACGAUGAGGAGGACGAGGAUGAGGAAGAGUAUGAUGAAGAUGCUCAGGUAGUGGAAGACGAGGAGGAUGAAGAGGAGGAGGAGGAAGGAGAAGAGGAGGACGUGAGUGGAGAAGAAGAGGAGGAUGAAGAGGGUUAUAACGAUGGGGAAGUAGACGACGAGGAAGACGAAGAAGAUGUUGGUGAAGAAGAAAGGGGUCAGAAGCGAAAACGAGAACCUGAAGAUGAGGGAGAAGACGAUGACUAAGUGGAAUAACCUAUUUUGAAAAAUUCCUAUUGUGAUUUGACUGUUUUUACCCAUACCCCCCCCCCCCGAAAUCCCGCCCCCCGAAACUUAUUUUUUUCUGAUUGUAACGUUGCUGUGGGAACGAGAGGGGAAACGUGUACUGGGGGUUGUGGGGGGAGGGAGGGCGGGAGGGGGUGGAAUAAAAUACUAUUUUUACUGCCACUCUUUAUUUUUUUCCCCUACUUUUUCUUUGUGUCUGGUUUUGUCCCUGUAAAUGCGAUAGCUAAGGUACACACCAAGUGAGCAUUUGUUUCUUACUCUCAAAGAGGAUGGUUUGGAGGGCUCUUCUGUCUCCUGGUACUUCCGGAGUCUCUGGAGUCAGUUGGAAGGUCGUGGCUGGCCUCCGUUUGGUUUCUCGAAGCCCAGAAGGCGCUGAGCACCAGCCACAUCUUACCUCUUGUGCUCUUUCCCGUGAUUUCUGCAUUUCUCGGGCCUGCUAGAGGCAUCCAACGCCCUGGUUUGUAAAUAGCAACCUAAAGGCGUAUUUUGGCACUGGUUGGGGGACAUUCCCCGUCUCUCAUUCCUUUCCCUCUUCACAGAUGGUGGUGGGCUUUGCUCUGUGAAGAAGGCUGUGGCGUCACUCUUCAGAGCUAUGAGCCAGAGAGCCGAAAACAGCAGGCUUAUGGGUUAUGAGUAGAAUGGAUUCGGUCAUGACAAUUAAGAGAGAAGAAGCAAACCCUCAAACUUCAACCUCUUUAAAAUAAGAUUAAGGAAACACAAAACUGUCCUAUCUUGUUCUGUAAAAUACUCGAACGCCUUGUUUUACAAAAAAUGACCAGAGAAUUCUUCCACGUGUCCUUCUGUGCUUAGACCGUUUUUACAAACCUAGGCACGGGAGGCAGUGCUGCAUGUCGGCUGGGUUUUUUUUUCAUACACCCGAGCACGGAUAAACUAACGCAAAAUUGUAUUUUCUUACCUAGUGGAAAUCUGAAAUGACUGCAAAUUCCUAGUGAGUGUACAGGUUUGCUUUCGUGUCCCCCUUCUGGAUUGCUUUAGAAGUGACGUGUUCUUUCCUAGCCCGCGUUUCAUCUGUACAAAAGAACAUCUGCACCGGUUUUUCUCCUCCCCCUCAGAAGAGCCAAACUUUGAGUUUUAUGUCUGUUUGUCAUUGAUAAAUUUCAAUAAAUCUUUUUAUACAAUU